UGCAACAUCCUCAGGCCAUACGCUCGCUCAACUUAUUUUGCUGGGCGCUCUGAAGCUCGAAAGGAGGACAAGAGUCAAGUGCAUUCUUUCUGGGUCAGUAUAAAUAACUGGCCUCCUGGGCCGGGAAGAGCAGCCAACAGGAGUAAAAGGAAGCUGGGUCUUCUUCAGGAGAGACACUGCCAACAGAGUAAAGGCUCCGAUUUGGCAUCUUAGGAACGGAAGAAGGGGGCGGAGGCCCUCUGGGGCUUUUGUGCAGAGUGGGCCGGCCUGCAAGGCUGGCACUCCGCAGACGCUGGCAGAACGUGGUGGAGGGAAGCUCGGGGGCCACCGCUGAGCGCCGGGGUGCCUGGUAGACACCGACGGGCAGUGCCCACACGUGAGCGCUACUCCGAGUCCGCGCGAAGAUUUCAUCCUGAUGGCUGCCUCCAAACCACAUACUGCUCUGAAUGGGGAUCCCAUGGCUGUGGAGGCCUUGCUCCGGGACGUGUUUGGGAUUGUUGUAGAUGAGGCCAUUCGGAAAGGGACCAGUGCCUCAGAGAAGGUCUGCGAAUGGAAGGAGCCUGAGGAGCUCAGGCAGCUGCUGGAUUUGGAGCUGCAGAGCCAGGGAGAGUCUCAGGAACAGAUUCUGGAACGCUGCCGGACAGUGAUUCACUACAGUGUCAAGACUGGUCACCCCCGGUUCUUCAACCAGCUCUUCUCAGGUUUAGAUCCCCAUGCUCUGGCUGGGCGCAUCAUCACGGAGAGCCUCAACACCAGCCCGUACACGUAUGAGAUUGCCCCUGUGUUUGUACUUAUGGAAGAGGAGGUGCUGAAGAAACUCCGUGCCUUGGUGGGCUGGAACUCCGGGGAUGGGGUCUUCUGCCCCGGGGGCUCCAUCUCGAAUAUGUAUGCCUUGAACCUGGCCCGCUAUCAGCGCUACCCAGACUGCAAGCAGAGAGGGCUCCGGGCACUGCCACCUUUGGCCCUCUUCACAUCAAAGGAGUGUCACUACUCCGUCAGUAAGGGAGCCGCUUUUCUCGGACUUGGCACUGACAGUGUCCGAGUGGUCAAGGCUGAUGAGAGAGGGAAAAUGGACCCUGAGGACCUGGAGAGGCAGAUCAGUCUGGCCGAGGCUGAGGGCUCUGUACCAUUUCUGGUCAGUGCCACCUCUGGUACCACCGUGCUGGGGGCCUUUGACCCCCUGGAUGCCAUUGCUGAUCUUUGCCAACGUCACGGAUUGUGGUUCCAUGUGGAUGCUGCCUGGGGUGGGAGCGUUCUGCUGUCUCGGACACACAGGCAUCUCCUGGAUGGGAUCCAGAGGGCUGACUCUGUGGCUUGGAACCCUCACAAGCUUCUCGGCGCAGGGCUGCAGUGUUCUGCUCUUCUGCUCCGGGACACCUCGAACCUGCUCAGGCGUUGCCACGGGUCCCAGGCCAGCUACCUCUUCCAGCAGGACAAGUUCUAUGAUGUGGCUCUGGACACUGGAGACAAGGUGGUGCAGUGUGGCCGCCAUGUGGACUGUUUAAAGCUGUGGCUCAUGUGGAAGGCGCAAGGGGAGCGAGGGCUGGAGCAGCGCAUCGACCAGGCCUUUGCGCUCAGCCGGUACCUGGUGGAGGAGAUAAAAAAGCGGGAAGGAUUUGAGUUGGUCAUGGAGCCUGAGUUUGUCAAUGUGUGCUUCUGGUUUGUGCCUCCCAGCCUGCGGAGGCAGAAGGAGAGUCCAGAUUACGCUGAAAGGCUGUCUCAGGUGGCGCCUGUGCUCAAGGAACGCAUGGUGAAGAAGGGCUCCAUGAUGAUUGGCUACCAGCCCCAUGGGACCCGGGCCAACUUCUUCCGAAUGGUGGUGGCCAACCCCACACUGACCCGGGCCGAUAUAGACUUCCUUCUGUGCGAGCUUGAGCGUCUGGGCCAGGACCUGUGAGCUGCUCCCUCUCUCCGCCUCACCCCCUCACCCGAUCGCUGGUGGCCUCCUGGGUUCUCAAAAGGAAGCUUUGUAGGAAACAGUGGCCUUGACUGUGUGUGCUUCCCCACACUAACCCUUCUAGUGAAGCCUUUGCCGCUAGGGGGGAGUUUAAAUACACCGCAGUAUGUUUUUAUGAAAUACGUGUGGCGGCAGAUGCUUUUAACCCCAGCAGAGACAGAGGCAGAGGCAGUGACAGGAGGAUCUCUGAGGUCACGGCCACCCUGCUCUACAGAGUGAGCUCCAGGACAGCCAGGGAUGCACAGAGAGAGCCUGUCUCAAGCAAACAAACGAAAUAUUCUUUCAUUAAAAUUAUGUUUACAAAGAAUUUUUAUUAAUAUGAGGGAAAUGGUAUAUUGAAAAGCUAGAUAUGAAUUUAUAUAAUCGUGAUUCUGAGUUUUGCUAAAAGCACGUGUACAGGAAAAGGCUGAUGCGUGGCACUGUGAAGGCCAGUGGUUUCCCUGCGGUGGGGUAGUGGGCAGUUUCCAGUCAAACCUCUUAGACCUUGUGUGCUUCCUCGUUUUAUUAUGCAACAGAUUACAUACUUUUGAAACAACAAUAAAAAUGAAGCUUCAAUUGUA